AUGGCGGCAAACGGGCAGGGCUUAGAGCCUGCCGUUCUAGAUGAUAUUAUCAAUCGAUUAUUGGUGUUUCGGAGUGCCAGGACGCCACGUCAAGUCCAGCUUUCAGAGAAUGAGAUCCGGGCUCUCUGCACCACAGCUCGCGAAAUUUUUCUCUCGCAGCCGAAUCUCCUGGAGCUCGAAGCACCCAUCAAGAUUUGCGGUGACAUUCAUGGGCAGUAUGGUGAUCUUUUAAGACUUUUUGAGUAUGGUGGAUUCCCUCCUGAUGCAAAUUAUUUGUUCUUAGGGGACUAUGUUGACCGUGGAAAACAGAGUUUAGAAACAAUAUGCCUUCUUCUUGCCUACAAAAUCAAGUAUCCUGAGAAUUUCUUUCUCUUAAGAGGAAAUCAUGAAUGCGCUUCUAUUAAUAGGAUAUAUGGAUUCUACGAUGAGUGUAAACGCCGCUACAAUGUGAAAUUAUGGAAAGUCUUCACCAAUUGUUUUAAUUGCCUUCCAGUGGCUGGUCUUAUAGAUGAUAAAAUACUUUGCAUGCAUGGGGGUCUUUCUCCUGAUCUAACAAACUUGGAUCAAAUAAGAAAUUUACCACGUCCAACUGAUAUUCCUGACUCUGGCUUGCUUUGUGAUUUACUUUGGUCAGAUCCUAGUAGAGAAAUAAAAGGUUGGGGGAUGAACGAUAGGGGAGUCUCAUACACAUUUGGUCCAGAUAAGGUGACUGAAUUUUUGAUGCAGCAUGAUUUGGACCUUGUUUGUCGUGCUCAUCAGGUUGUGGAAGAUGGAUACGAGUUUUUUGCAGACAGGCAGCUAGUGACAAUAUUUUCAGCGCCCAACUAUUGUGAUUCUGAAACCAAAAUGAUAGAAAACGGUUCUCAUGAAGCUAAAUUGGUUAUUGGAGAAUGCCUAAGAAGCCGUGCUUUUUGCUGCGCUGAAGUUUGGCCUUUUAACUUUACAGAGGCCAGAGACAAUCAGGGUUCAUUUCCUCAGGGUCUUCAUGGAAUCAAUGGCUUUAGUCUUGGAAUCCAUCUACCGGCAUCAGAGGGAAUAGAAGAAAAAGCAUUGACUUCUUUAUCGGAGUUAACAGAAUAUGUUGAUUAG